AUGGAUCUGUCCGAAGAUGUUGGUUUUGAUGAGGUCGACUUGGAGGAAGAUUUUGACCCGGAUAAAUACGAUGAGAAAAUGCAUAAAGUCUUUGGAAAUGAUUAUUACGAUCAAGAAGAGGACAGCGAGAAACCGGAAUGGGAUGAUGAUAUUGAUAUCGGAGAUUUAGUUUCCGGCAAUAAUGUCAUAAAAGCGAUUGAAAAUGAUUAUUCAGGAAAUCAAUAUGAUGAUGAUUUAAUAAUGGACGCUGACUACUUGCCUGGGGGAGAACGGUACGAUGAAACUAAAGCCGAUUUAACAAAGUCUGAAAAGAAAAAACUGGAAAAAGAGGAAAAAAAGAAAGCCAAGCGGAAAUUUGAUGAAUAUUUGGACGAGUACUAUCAACUGGAUUACGAAGAUAUCAUCGGAGAUACUCCUGUACGCUUUAAAUAUCGACAAACUAAACCUCUUUCGUUCGGGUUAACACCAGCCGAAAUGUUGAUAUCCGAUGAAAAAGAAUUGAACGAAUACGUGUCCAUAAAAAAAUUAGCGCCAUUCCGACCUGAACAUUUGGUGGAAAAUGAUGUUAAAAAAUAUUCCAAAAAAAAGCGGCUUCAGCAAUUUCGCAAAAAGCUCGAACUUUUAGAAGCCGAUAAUCCACCAGAGGACAAAGCAUGGAGUAUCAAAGCGAUCAAACGCAAGAAGCAAGAAGCUCAGAAUUUAUCUGUAAAAAAGAAAAAAAAUUUACAAGAUGAACAUGAUACUUCCUCCAAAAGAAAAAAGAAGAAAAAAUCACGUGAAGAAACUGUUGCUUGA